UACUGCAAAUGGAGUUAAUUAAAAAAACAUAUAUUUUUUUCAGCUCCCUUGCCACAAAUUCACAGUUUUUACUCGUGAGCUUGUUGUUUUCUAAUUUAAACUCACAAGAGGGCGGUGUUAAUCUAAUUCUUAAUUCCAAAACCAUCACCGUCACCGUCGCACAAACGCAUCCAACAACGCGAGGAAAAGUUUUUCUUUUCGGUAAAACUAAUUGCAGUCGUCGAUAAACAGUGCACGUCCUGCACAGGCUUCCAGACAUACAACGAACACAUGCGGUCACGGUCACCUGCUCCGCAGAAAAACACCUUUGUUUAAUGAGUUUAUUGCGCCGCAUUGUUGCUUCAAAGAAGUUUCCGCGUUCUUUUGCGGAUCCGGUGAUCGCGGACGAAGACUGGUCUACGGCGCCGCAACGGCGCGCGCCGCUCCAAACCUUCCGCGGGCACGUCGCACUUUACUUGAUUAAACGCCGUAAUUGAUCCGCGUCGACGUUUACGCACGUCCACGGCGCGUGACCCGCCUUCAGCCCGAAAAUGUGCGAGGGACGAAAAGGUCUGAAAACAGCGCUUCAGCUGGUGUGUCAGCUUCUCUGGGUGCUGGGCAUACUGGUGGGCCUGAGCGGGGUCUACCUGCUCAUGACGUACAAACACAGCAGGUUAUUCUUCUCUGAUUCCUACAUCACUCUGUCGUGUAGUCUUGCACUUGCCAGCGCUGCGUUGCUGUUGGUGAGUGGGAGCUUUGGCUCCUGCCUGAGCUUCAAGGAUUCCACCUUCAUGCAGGGACUGUUUGUUUACCUUCUAUUCAUGGUCUUCUGUCUGGAAAGUACAUCUUCUGCGUUGGCCUAUUACCGUACCACAGAGCUGGACGCAGAGAUGGCUCCCCUCCCUGGAGUCUUUCUGAAUUACACUGGCAGCAGCCAGGACCCAAACUCUCGAGCUGUGGAUUCCGCACAAGAGAAGUUUCAGUGCUGCGGAGUCCAUGGCUACAGAGACUGGCUAGAAACCACGUGGUUUAAGGAUGCCGGAGGCCUGCAGGUGCCUCUCAGCUGCUGCAACACUACUUUCCCCUCCUGCAAUGGCACCGUGCACCAGCCAUGGCAGCUCUACACAGAGGGUUGUCAGAAGAAGCUGGAGAUGUCUGUACAUUUUGCUCUGAUGUUAAUCAUUUGGGGACUUCCACUGGUUCUUCUGGUGGAGGUUACUUUGGUUCUUAUUGUGAUACAGCUGAUGAGGAAUCCAUCCUAUAUUCACUAUCGAACCCUGACCGUAAAAUAAACAUGCUGUAAUCAAAGGGACAACACUCUACUUUGCACUAGAUACUUUUAACACAAUGAAUACUUUAAUAAAUUACAAAAAACUGUGUAUUACUUGUACCUAGUACACCAUUUAGUCUGCAGUAUGAUUCUCAUGGGAGACAGCUGAUGGUGCUACCUCAUUUGUCUCAAAGUAUUUGGACCUGAUUCAUAACUAUAACCUUAAACAGAUCAUUGUAAUAUUGUGGUUUGUUGUGGGUCUUUACAUUGAGCUGUUCUUUUCUUGGUGUCACAUUAGCACUUUUGUUUGUAUUAAAGUGGGAAGAAAUGAUUUCUGAAAGCUCAACAAACUCCCAUACUCGAGCUGUACACAUGAUCGCACUGCUUUCGACUUAUAAACAUAUUCACCGUCAUCUGAAUGUUUUGAAUACUGCUGUAGAUUGUGGAGUCACUAUGAACGCCCAGUUGCAAAAUAAAGCACAAGACACAUGAAAAUGUUUUUUUUUU